AUGGCUGCCAACAGUCCAGACGCAACUGAGCCUGAUCAGUUCCACGGCCAUCUAUGUACACAAUAUUCCUUUCAGCUCCUCCCACCUGCUACCCCGGCAUCGGACUCCGCGUCUCUGAAUAAGGGCAGGCGACGACGAACAAGCCCUAAAGAUAAUGCCAUCCUUGCAGCUGCCUACCAGAAGAAUUCCAAACCAGACAAGGCUGAACGAGCUUUGAUCGUCAGUCAAGUUGAUCUAGGCGAGAAAGAAGUACAAAUCUGGUUCCAGAACAGGCGCCAGAAUGAUCGUCGCAAGUCAAAGCCCUUGCAACCUCACGAACUCGUCGCACAUCUGCGCACUCAUUCCUCAAGUCCCAACCUGCAUUAUUUGCCUUCAUCGUCCCCAAGGGAUGCACUGUCUAGUCAACAAAUAGGCACAGUUCAAUCGCUCGCUCCAGUUGAGACUCCAAACCGUCCUGCUUCUCGAGCCUCGAGCAUCCACGGCCUACUCAACCCUUCUUCGUCAGCGGAAACGGUUGCCAGCACUGACUCCUCGCAAGUAGCAGGUGCUCCGCUGACACCACCUUCAACCUUUGAGGGCGAGGUCAAGGUAGCUACGUCACUUGGGAUCAAGGAGGGAGUAGUUGAGUCCGAUGGCAAUGAAAGUACGAGUGAGCAGAGCAGUGCGAGAAAGAGAGGUCAUGAUGAGAUGUCUGGAAUGAAGGACAGUGCCCCCGCCACUUCGGUCAGUGAAUUGGCUCGGGAGGAGCCCCGAGCAAAGGAGCCCCUUGCCCGCACCUCGAGCAUGGUUCGGUUGGCCAUGACUGUUGACGGGGCUGUCAAAAUCCGAACCGACAAUGAACCGACACCCUCGCCAGAAAAGGCACGAGUACCACCGCCCCCCACGUCCCAAGCACCAAUGAGAGCAAAUCUCUCUCGAAGCCAAAGUGCUACGACUGAUGCUGAAGCCUUUCGUCAAUCCGCACAAGGACAAUCGAAAGCCGUCAGUGCAGGAUUUGGUCGUUCUCGUGAUUCUAGAACCUGGGAGUUCUACUGUGACAGUACUGCUAAAGACGCUUUGUCAAUUCAAGCAGAGGCGGAAAAUGCUGGAUCUGCUGUUAGUGCUAUCAACCUUGUGAGGUCAAAUAGCUUUAAAUCGCGUACCCAAGCAUUGAGCCCUGCUUUGUCCAAGAGUAAUGUGCGCACUGCACUGGCUUCGAAGAAUGGCAAGUCAAAAUUGUCAAGAACAAAAUCCUCGAUGGGACGUCUGCAAGGAUUUGACAGUGGAUUGGAAAACCAAGCUGGUGGGUCCAGAUCUCAUCAUGUUCGAUCACCAUCUGGAGAUUCAGACAAGGAGAAUUGGGCGCCAGGAACUCGAGCUUCUAUUAAUCCCCUGCGACGAACCGAACCGAGCAUCAAUGCCCGUUCAGUUCUUCAAGCGAACGAAAGUGUGAUCUUCCGUGAUGCAACCCCGGUUAACCAACUAUCACACCUGCGCGGCAAACGGGCCGGAAGCGCUCAACCCUCACCAAGCAAAGAGAAGGCCAAGGGUGAGGAAUUUGAUUGCGUUCAAGGUUUGCUCUCCCUCAGCCAAGGAGCAUGGAGAUGA